AAUUCUGUUUCCUUGUUUAAGAGAGAACCCAAUUUAAUAUACACACGUUUGAUAAUUAACUGUGUAAAGAAAUCCGUACAGUAUUCUUUAUUAAUUUCACCUGCAAAAUAUAAAUCAACGUUUGCUAUUAAAAAUCUAGAAAUUCUCUUGAAGCUGUCAUUGUCCACUCAGACUCCAUUCCUCACUGCUUCAUCAUAUUUUCACAUUUUCCUCGGUGACUCUUUCUAUAUAUAUACAUAUAUUUCUAUGAAAAGAAGAAAAAUAUUUGGUGAAAGAAGAAAUAUUCUUCGAUUGAUUUUAUUUUUUCUGAAGAGAUGACAGAAGAAUUAGGACAAUCCUCACAUGACUUCUCAGAAGAAAGUAAAUUCAAUGAACACAAACGAAUUCAUACAGGGGAGAAACUUUAUCCCUGUGAUAUCUGUGGGAAAUCAUUCUCUUCUGCAAGAAACUUGAUUGCACACAAGCAUAUUCAUACAGGAGAGAAACCAUAUCAAUGUGAUAUCUGUGGUAAAUUUUUCACUAAAAUCUAUAGCUUAACUAAACACAAACGUAUUCAUGCAGGAGAGAAACCUUAUCAUUGUGAUAUCUGUGGUAAAUCAUACUCUGAUGGCAGUAGCUUAACGAAACACAAACGUAUCCAUACUGGUGAGAAACCAUAUCACUGUGAUAUCUGUGGUAAAUCUUUCUCUAUAAAUCACUAUUUAACCCAACACAAACGGGUUCAUACAGGGGAGAAACCUUUUCACUGUGAUAUCUGUGGUAAAUCAUUCUCUGGUGACAGUAGCUUAAUUAGACACAUACGUAUUCAUACAGGAGAGAAGCCUUAUCCCUGUGAUAUCUGUGGUAAAUCAUUUUCUGAUUUAGACAAAGGAAACAACAAAUACAACAGGUUUGUAUGA